UCAAAUACCGGGUGAAUAAAAUCGCCCUGGCCGUGAACUUUUUCACUUUUGCAGAGUGGGGCUCAAAUCCAGGCUCGCGGGAGCAGUUUGACCGAGUUUCACAUCGCGUGCCAACAGAGCGGCUCUCGUGACAGCGGGACAGAUGCUUCUCAGGCAAACGCUGCCUUGGCUGCAGGGAGGGCAGCGACACAGCUUGGCUCACACGGCCGCGUCCCUCUGAACAAGCGGAGGACUAAUUGUUUUUACGCUGUUUACACCGUGGAGCGUGAGGAGUGGAAGAGGACCUGGUUUUUUCCCCCACUGUGGAUCCAGUGUGGGACGGGAACGCACGACAGCGGUGCGUGAUGCCGCACCGACAGACGUCAGUGUGAGACUGUGAAGAGGCCCUGCUGGGAGGCGUGAUGGCUGCUGCUGAACGGGUCUCUGAGCCUCCAGGCAAAGUCAUGGUGGUUAAAACAGAGAAGCAGGAUUGCAGGGACAACAACCAUCAGAGACAAAUCAUCCUGCAGCUAAAUGGGGAAGAAGAUUGCGCUGAGGGGCUAAAUGGCGACAGUGCUGGUACUGCCAACACAGUUUUAGCGAUAGAGACACAUCAAAGUGACAGUAAAGCCGAUGAAACAGAGAGAGAGUAUGGCUACCCUAUCACUUGUGGAGACAGCACAGCAGUGCUGCUGUUUAAGAAGUUUGUCUGUCCUGGAAUCAAUGUACAAUGUGUUAAGUUCAGUGACCAGCUCAUUACUCCCAAGCAGUUUGUACACUUGGCAGGAAAAGCCACUCUGAAGGACUGGAAAAGAGCCAUCAGAGUGGGAGGAGUUAUGCUCAGGAAAAUGAUGGACUCUGGCCAGAUUGAUUUCUACCAGCAUGAGUCAGUGUGCAGCAACACCUGCCGCAGCACCAAGCUCGAUGUGCUGAUGAACAGCACCCGGCUUCCUCCAGGGGCCUUGGUGCAGCCAAGCCUGUCGUGUUUGGCUCUCGAGCCUGUUGGGGGACAGCUGCCUACAGUGACAGUUGGCGAUGCAGUGGAGUUGGAGGAGUCUUUGGAGGAAAUGAUUGGACCGGCAUCAGAGCAGAGUAUUGGUUCAACACCACUUGUAAACUCUACAAUCAACGGACAUCCUGCCAACAUAAAGAGAGCCGAUUCACUUGGUGGAGUGAUGAGACUUUGGAGGGGUGUAGCAGAGUCUGGGCUGAUGGUGGAUGUUCUGUCUGGUCUCCAUGCCAGACUUGUGAACACCCUUAAAGGUGUCGAGCUUCGCAGCGAGAAUGGCAGCCUGCAGGAGUCAGAUGCUCUUAUACUGAAUUCUCUAUGCGAGAUAUUUGGACAUUUGGACUAUGUGAAACAAGCCCUGGACCUUAGGUGCACUCAGAACCAGGAGAGUAAAAUCCAUCACGUGCUGGAUGAGAUCUCGGAGGAACGCAGGAAGCAGAGCUGCAAUCAAAGAAAAUCUUACAAGACCUCAUCCUUGAAACACCUUCGACCUCAUCGUCAGAGCCAGCAGAAAAGAUGUGGGCACAACCUGCUGCAGAAUGAAAGGACAAACACGGUGAUCCGACCGCUUUCUUUCACUGGUUUAUCGGCUGCAUCUCAUGCUCAGGUCUUCAGCCAUUUCUCUGCCCCCGCUGGCUGGAGUCACCUUGUUGGAGCCGGCAGGACAGACGGAGUGGGCCAAAGUGGCAACGAGAAAAAAGAUACCUCAGGAAAGAACAAAGAGAUGAAACAGAAGACGGUACUUCUUCCUGGAGAUGGUCCGAUCAGAUGUGAUGAGGCGAGGAAGACAAAAAGCUCACAUGGCACCGAGAACGUUAAGUAGAUUUCUGUGGCUCAAACUGAGAGGAAAAUGCAGGAAAUUAAAUGAAAACUUGCAGUAGAGACUCCACAUCCACUAAUGUGUUGUGGAACAAACCUUCCUGAUUGUGAAGGUCUAUUGGAUUGGGUUUUUAGAACCAUUAGAUGUAUGGUGGAUUUAUGAAUUAGUGUCUUAUUAAUGGCUACAUUGUGGUACCUUAAUAGUACCACAAUGUAGCCAUUGACUGUAUAAAUGUUUUUGUUUUGUUGUUACAACUACAUAAGCAGAGCCACAGACACACCAGACAAAUUGUGAUGUUUACAAUAAGCGUUGGUUUUAGGCACUUUAUAAGAAAAAUUCAAUCAAAGAAAAAAUAAUAAUUAAACACUUUAUUGACUGGUUGGCCUGUAAUGUACAUUGUUAAUAUCUAUAUUUUUUAUUUUUCACUUUUAUAAUGCUAAAACACACAGUACACAGAACUUAAAAGACCAUUUUGCUUUUUAAUUCUAUACCUUUUUUGUAAUAUAAUUUCGCAACAAAUGGCAUCUCAAGUGACUUUACAGGAAAAUUAAGCCGUCCAAUUCAUUUCCAGUCAUCUAAAAAAGAUAUCAAGAAUCAUCUCAAGUCAGUUCCUGAUCUACAUACCUUCUAAUUUAAUCCAAAUUAUAAUUACAGUCAAAUUCAGUUAGUCAUUUGAGACCUAUCGGUAAAAGGUUAAGGAAGGCAUGCAUAAAGCAUCAGUGGGGGACAAUAGGGAGACAGACACAGAAGCACCUAACCAGCAGUACUUUCCAAGGACAGAAAUACAUGUAAAUCCACCAAAUUUACAUAGACACAAAAUUAAAUACAGCAGAAACGUCUUUAAUGUUUUUGUCCUGGUCUGGGACGUGUUCUCAAAACAAAAACAGAAAGUCAGGGGUAGCUUCUUGAGAAGAAAGAUAAAAAGGAGAGAAAAUAAACAUUUUAACAUUUGAGGAUAUUAAACAAUGAUUGAAUGAAUACAUUCAUUUUAUUAAUCCCAGUGGCUGUUCAUUGUUAAGAAUGAAAGAAGAUGUGUGUGCAUGAUGAGUGAGUAUAUCAUUUCCCUUUUUACUAGAAAAGGUUAACUAAGGCUCUAAAGCUGCUAAAAUAAGAACCUAUCUCUUGUAAUGCCAACACUGCUCCCUAUUCUUACCUCAUAAAUCAAAUAUUGGCAGUCGAGACAGAACACUUUGCGAAUGAUCUUGAACUUAAAGGUUCUGUU